CGAACAGCGUAGUUUAUUUUAAAUGUGGCAGGAUAUUUCAUCACAACUACGAUGUUUUAUUUAUAUUAAUCUGCAUUAACACGUGUUUCUUUUGUUUCUGAUAGCUUCUAGUGUACUAGAUAGGAAACGAUUGUCUUUUUGCUCUCGAGUCGGUGAAAUUGGCGUUUCCUUCAUUACCAUUAGGUGUGAGUCAGGGGGCGCUGUUCCUGCACCUCACUGAGAUGGCUAGUUUAAUAGCAGGCCUUGCUCAGUCAGAAUCACUCUGUUAGGAUGGAAGAAGACCCGGAGUCCACAGCAGUGAGAACAGUGAACAGGAGCAGUAGAAGUCCCACACUGGAGGAUUUGGGCCUCUCACACUCUACUCUGGCUUAUGACAACAAGUUUAUGUGCUCUCCUCCAGGAAUGCUUAUGUUUGGAGAAGUAGUUUGUGGACUGCUUGUGUGGACUCUUCUAGGUGGGACUGAGUAUUUGCGGGUGCCAGCACUGGGCUGGGUGAUGUUUGUGUCGGUGAUUUGCUGGGUGCUGACUCUCUGCCUUCUUAUACUGCACCUGACCACUGCUCACACAAAGAUCCCCCAUGUCCCCUGGUCAACUCUGGGACUGUGUUUCAAUAGCAGUGCCACUAUUCUGUACAUGACAGCCGCAGUGAUUAAUGCUACAUCGGUGCCACAGGCCAUUAGGGGGCGCUAUUACUACAUCAGCUGGGUUGCUUCCACGGUAUUUGCCUUCUUAGUUGUGCUUUGUUAUGCAGCAAAUUCAUAUCUGAGCUACAAAUCCUGGAGAUCAAAAAGUGAUGCUGCCUAAACAAAAUGACUGGAAUCACAUAUGAUUUACAAAAGUCUUUAACUGGAUGGUUUUCUAUGGCCUUUUUUUAUUCUCAUGCACGAAACCAUCAAUUUUAAAUUGUUUGUUUUACAUGAAGAAUGUUACAAUAUUUUUACUCUCACUUGUAAUGUGUUUAAAAUAAGAUGCUUCUAUGUUAUGUACAUUUGAAUUGUUCUUCAUUUUGUAUAUAUAUAUAUAUUUUUGUACUGUUUUAAUAGUGCACUAUUUGUGUGCUAAUUAGAUGGUAUUUGCCUAUAUUUAAAUUAGAAUGUAUAUGGGAAAACCAAAUUCCUUCAUGAAAAUAUAUUUCAUGUAUAUUUGUUGAAUAGGUACUAUGUAUUUAUGUAAAGUUUACCAUAAGACAAUAAAAACAGUUUAUAAUAAUACUGCACAUGUAAUGCUCCAUAAUCAAUACAUUUUUUAGUCCAUAUAACAAUUAAUGCAAAUAAAAAAGUAUGAGUAUUCUGACA